GGAGCUCAGUGCACCCUUCUCCCUCCGGCGCACUCUCAAGACACCCUAUCCGACCCAGGCACCAUGGGCCACGCUUGUCUUCUCGGGCUGUUGCUCCUGCCGCUGCUGCUGGGGAUUGCGCUAAACGACGCGACUCAAAUGCAGUCAGACAACAACGCCGAGGUUUGUCUCCUGCCUCAAGACGAAGGACCCUGCCGGGCGCUGAUACCCAGAUACUACUAUGACAGGAACACACAGAAUUGCAGCUUGUUCAUGUACGGGGGCUGCAGAGGCAACGCCAACAAUUUCGAAACUUUCGAAGAAUGCACCGAAGCUUGCUGGAAAAUAGAGAUAGUUCCCAAAGUUUGCCGGUUGGAUGUCAAUGAGGCGAAGUGUGGAAAGUUCAAAAAUAAAUACUUUUUCAAUCUCAGUAGCAUGAGGUGUGAAAAAUACAGAUCUUCUGGAUGUCAGAGUAAUGGAAACCAGUUCCCAGAUGAAGCUACCUGUUUGGACUUCUGUUUACCAAAGAGAAGUCCAUCAUUUUGUUACAGUCCAAAAGAUGGAGGAUUAUGCUCUGCUAAUGUGACUCGCUAUUAUUUUAAUGCAAGAAAUAAAGAGUGUGAAACCUUCAACUAUACUGGCUGCGGUGGAAAUGACAAUAAUUUUGUUACUGUCAUGGACUGCAAGGAAGCUUGUGCAAAUGCCAUGAAGAAGUACAAGAUAAAGAAGCGCCUACGAAGGUUUCCAAAGAGACGUAGAAACAUGAAAAUUAAAAUCCUGAAAAUUAAAAAGAAGGAAAAGUCAUCUUAAUCAAUUUUUCUAUAUGUCACCUUGCGAAUACUAUUGCCUUUAUUUAGAGAUGAAGAAUUAGUGGCAUGAAUCAUA